AUGAGAUUACUCUUAGCUCCGGCUCUCUUCUUCUGUGCUCUCCUCGUCUGCUUUCCGGCCACUGAAUCAGCCAAUGGAGAUUCCAACUCCACCGCGGAGGUAAAUGCAACCCUGGAUUCCAACUCCACGAAACUCAGAUCCAGGGAGGACACCUUCGCCUUCAUGAUCGAUCGCGCACUGGAGAAGGAGUUCAAUGAGACGGACCAGGGUGAAGCCACUGAUCCCGGCAGCUUCAAUAACAGUGUUGCUGGACAGCAGGCAGUUUUGGAGACUGUUGCCAGGGUCACAACCAAGAAGAAUGAAUCCAAGGAAGAGAAGUCCUUUCAGUUUCAUAGUGUUUUCAAUUUUGACAAUGAUAACCGAGGGGAAGAUGCUCCAAGAUUGAUUGAUAAAAAGGACAAUGUCUUUAUAAUAUCAAAUCCGAAGUCCAAAUAUCCUGUGCUACAACUUGACUUAACUUUGAUAUCAGAUCUAGUGGUUGUCAUCGUUUCUGCUGCUUGUGGUGGAAUAGCAUUUGCUUGUGCUGGACAACCGGUAUUUACUGGAUACCUGCUAGCAGGAUCUGUAAUUGGGCCAGGGGGCUUCAGCUUUGUCAGUGAAAUGGUACAGGUGGAGACAGUGGCACAAUUUGGUGUUAUUUUCCUCCUGUUUGCACUGGGUCUGGAGUUCUCCGUCACCAAGCUUCGCGUUGUCCGAGCAGUUGCUGUUGUUGGAGGCCUUCUCCAGAUUUCACUCUUUAUGUGCCUUUGUGGAUUGAUAGCCUCGUUCUGUGGAGGUAAGCCUUCAGAGGGAGUAUUUGUUGGUGCAUUUCUCUCAAUGUCUUCGACUGCUGUGGUUUUGAAAUUUCUGAUGGAAAGAAAUAGCAUAAAUACCCUGUACGGUCAGGUCACUGUCGGUACCCUCAUUCUGCAGGACUGUGCUGUUGGCCUGCUGUUUGCUUUACUGCCUGUCCUUGGUGGUACAUCUGGCGUUCUUCAGGGGGUGAUAUCCAUGUCUAAAUUGUUAGUGUUGCUACUUGCGUUUUUGGCCGCUUUAACAAUUCUAUCUCGUACCUGUGUACCAUGGUUCCUAAAGCUUAUGAUCAGCUUAUCAUCACAGACUAAUGAACUCUACCAGUUGGCAUCAGUGGCAUUCUGUCUGCUUGUCGCCUGGUGUAGUGACAAGUUGGGCCUAAGCCUUGAACUGGGAUCCUUUGCUGCCGGUGUGAUGAUAUCCACGACUGAUCUUGCCCAACAUACACUCGAGCAAGUGGAACCAGUUCGCAACUUAUUUGCCGCUCUCUUUUUAGCUAGCAUUGGGAUGUUAAUACAUGUCCAAUUCCUGUGGAAUCACGUUGAUAUAUUACUUGCUUCCGUACUGUUGGUCAUUGUUGUAAAAACUAUCAUUACUGCAUCUGUAGUCAAAGGAUUCAGAUACAACAACAAAACUGCACUCCUUGUUGGGAUGACCCUCGCACAAAUUGGGGAAUUUUCCUUUGUUCUUCUAAGUCGUGCUUCUAAUCUCCAUCUGAUUGAGGGUAAAUUGUAUCUACUGCUUCUCGGAACGACAGCCCUCAGUCUGGUGACGACCCCAUUUCUUUUCAAGUUAAUUCCUGCCGUGGUACACCUUGGAGUGCUGUUGCGGUGGUUCCUUCCAGACAGCGCCCACGAGAUUGGGUAUAAAGGAGAUAGCUUUCUGUCAGACAGCGCCAAGCGCAUAACUGUGAUGGUCCACGGCAAUCACCAUUCAUGA